AUGGUGUCGUGGUCUGCGCUCCCGACGGAUCUCGGCGACACUAUCCUCCGCCGCCUCCAGCACCAUGUCGAUCGCGUCCGCUUCGGCGCCGUGUGCCGCGAGUGGCGCUCCUGCGCACAGCGGAACGCUGCACCAUCGCAAUUCCCGUGGCUCGCCUUACCCGACCGGACCUUCUACAGCCUGCCCGACUCCGCCUUCCAGCCGCUGCCACUCCACCUCGAGCGCCAUCGCCAGCUGCCGCACGCCCAGAGCUCCUGCGGCGAGUGGUUCGUCUUCGAGCGCAGGGACGGCGCGUACACGCUGGUAAACAACUUCUCCAUGUCCACGACCAUGGUGCUCCCCCGGCUGCCCACGGAGCCCUCGCACGCCAUCGGCGACCCGCCCCCGUUCAUGAAGAAGCUAGUGGUGUGCUCGCCUAACCUCGUCGCCGCGGUGGUUGGCAAGCUCUACGCCCUCCACGAUGCCCGUUGCCGCCUCCUCCGCGUUUCCAUCGGCGAGGACAGGGACACCGGCGAGCCAAACGUGUCCGGAGUGGACGUCCUUGUGGAGGGCACCAUAUGGGAACUCAUCGAGUCGCCGCCGCCGUCUCCGCUGCAGUACCUACUCGAAUCCGACGGCGCGCUGCUGAUGGUCUGCAGAGGAGAUCCUAACAGUGACAUACAAAAUCCGUUCAUGGGCGGUGAUUCCGUGCAUUAUGUAGGCCUAGGAUUGGAGAGGGCGACCGAGUUCACGGUGUUCAAGGCCGACUUGGCGCGGUCACGGUGGACGGAGCUGAGCAGCGUCGGGGAAGAUACGGUGCUGUUCGUCCAGGGAUGGUGCUCCCGAGCUGUUCGUAUCCCCGACCGGUGCAAGGACUACGUUACGGGGGACCGUAUCUUCUUCGUGAGUGAUGCUGCCGCCCGAGGCUACAACAACUGCCCGUAUUACAGGAAGAAGUUUCUGCAGAGGUUUCCCGGUCCGGCUUCCGGUAGGAGCUCUCCGUGCGCAGUUGCUGGGCGGGAGAGGAGAAGGGGAAGAGGCGCGGUGGGCUCCGUGCGAGCGUGCUUCAAUCCUCUCGGGGACGAGCGCAUCCUCCGGGAGGCCUUGAAGGAGCCAGUUGCAUUCUUGGGUGGCGUGUUUGCUGGUCUCUUGAGGCUUGACCUGAAUGAGGAUCCUCUCAAGGAGUGGGUGACUCGAACGGUGGAGGCUUCUGGAAUAGCUGAGGAGAACGGCACCGAGGAAUCUGAUGAGGGAGCUCAAGAUGAUGGACCCCAACAAAUCGAGAUUGAAUGAGGUGCCUUGGUUGCCUUUUGCCCUCCUUUACAAACUUACCUUGUAACUCAUUACGAACAUAUCUGUAAUAUCUAAGCAAUAAAAUGCUUGCUCCGAUUUUAAUGUGCAGCUUUAAGUAAAAAUAUUGACAUGUAAUAUUUCGGAGUAUUGGAAAACGUGGUCUGAACCUCUGUUUUCUAAAACGGAGGAAGGAGAAAAACUGUGGUGUUUGUUGGGAACU